AUGUCGAAUCUACAGAAACCCUAUAAACCGCAUCGAUUUACAGAAUUGUUAGAGUGCGAUUACAGGAACAAUUCAGGGUUUCUCGGCAAUUUCCAUGGUUUCCCGUCAUGUGCUUUCGAAGAGUUGCUCUUGGGUCCGACUGCAGAGAGCAUCACGGUGCGCCUCCUGCGUCUUUGGGGAGACGGCUUAGGGAAAGCGAUUGGCAUACUUGUGCUUGAUCAGAAGGAAUCCAUAAUAGAAGCGGUCCUUCCACGGACUCCAUUGUUAACUCUUCCCGAAUCUCGAUUGGCCCUUUUCUUCCUUAUGGAGAAAGGAGGAGCGAAUAUCAAAUUUGUAAUUUCUCGAAUUGGAUAUGCUGCUAUACAUGAGAGAAUGCAACAAUACACUACUCCCUGUUGCUGCCUUCUAACACUUCAAAUCGCUGGUAGACAACUUGAUGGUUGUCGGAGUUAUUGGGAAAGAUGGCGUCGUACCUUCACCAAAUCGUUCCUCAUAAUGAUACCGAAAAGUGCCUUUGACACAGGAAAUGACGGAACCUGUCAAAGAGAAGAGACUUGA